UCUCAUGUGUGUUAAUCAAGUAACAAGAGCACAUAUCCUAAUUAAACAUUCAGAAAGCUGACGUUAAACUCAUAUUUUCCGCCAUGUUAUUAUUCGCAAAGUAUUUUUAUUGUACACCAGUAGCUUUGUUCUGUGCUCUUUUUGCUGGCAACCAUGCCAUGACCGUCAACAUGAACAAAACCGUGCUGCCUUUUCCCUGGGAUAAGAUGAGGUUACCAGAAAUUGUCAAACCCCAGCAUUAUGACCUCCUCAUACACCCUAACUUGACCUCUCUUACGUUUACUGGAGAGGUUCAGAUCCAAAUAGAGGUAAAACAGGACACCAGAUCCAUCAUCCUUCACAGCAAGAACCUCCAGAUCUCCAAAGCUCGUCUUUUAGGCUCCAGACAUCAUCAUCAUCAGGAUCUUCAGAUCAGUGAGUUUGAAGCCAAUGAGCAAAUUGCACUCAUCUCUGAAGGCUUCACUUUUGAGAAAGGAAGCCAUGUGGUGCAUUUGGAGUUCUAUGCCAACUUAUCUGACAGCUUCCAUGGCUUUUAUAAAGGCCAAUACACUACAAUAGAGGGGAGGAUGUUGGCGUCCACUCAGUUUGAGCCGACACAUGCUCGAGCUGCCUUUCCUUGUUUCGAUGAGCCUGCAUUCAAAGCCAACUUUACCAUCCGCGUGCGCAGAGAAUCAAGGCACAUAUCCAUCUCAAACAUGCCCAAGCUGAGAACUGUAGAGCUGGCGGACGGGAUUCUGGAGGAUCAAUUUGACACCACGGUAAAGAUGAGCACCUACCUAGUGGCCUUCAUCAUCAGCGAUUUCGACUCCAUCAGUAAAAAAAGCCAGCAUGGAGUUGAGAUAUCAGUGUAUACAGUUCCUGAGAAGAUCGGUCAAGCAGAGUAUGCUCUCGACACCGCCGUCACAAUGCUCGACUUUUAUGAUGAGUAUUUUGACAUCCCGUAUCCGCUUCCCAAACACGAUCUCGCGGCCAUCCCGGAUUUCCAGUCAGGUGCUAUGGAGAACUGGGGUCUGUCGACGUACCGAGAGUCCGGUUUACUCUUUGACCCAGAGAAAUCUUCUUCCUCUGACAAAUUAGGCAUCACCAAAGUCAUCGCUCACGAACUAGCCCAUCAGUGGUUUGGAAACCUGGUCACAAUGCAGUGGUGGAACGACCUGUGGUUAAACGAGGGCUUUGCCAAGUUCAUGGAGUAUGUGUCCGUCAACAUCACUCACCCUGAGCUGCAAGUGAAUGAUUAUUUCCUGGAGAAGUGCUUCACCGCCUUAUCUGUGGACUCUUUGAGCUCCUCACACCCCGUUUCCACUCCAGUGGAGAAUCCCGCAGAGAUCAGCGAAAUGUUUGAUGACGUUUCCUAUCGGAAGGGCGCGUGUAUCCUGAAUAUGCUGAGGGAUUUUCUGACUCCGGAGGUGUUCAAGUAUGGUAUUAUAAAUUACCUGAAGAAACACAGCUACCAGAACACAGUCAACGCACACCUCUGGGAGAGUCUUACCAAUAUCUGCACUUCAGAUGGAUUGGAUUCAGGGAGACUAAAACUUGACGGAUUCUGCUCCAAAAGCACGGCUGAAACGCCAGCCUCUAAGUGGUUCAAGGAGGACAGUGUUGACGUUGGAGCCAUCAUGGACACCUGGACUCUGCAGGAGGGCUUUCCGUUAAUCACUGUGGAGGUCAAAGGUCAAGAGGUCACUCUUAAACAGGAGCGCUUCCUGAAAGGAGCAGAAUCUUCAAAUUCAUCAAGCUUCCUGUGGCAGGUUCCUCUGACGUACAUCACCAGCGGCAGUAAUGCAGUGCAGCGUUUCUUGCUGAAAACUGAAAGAGAUGUGUUUUACCUGCCAGAGAAGGUGGAGUGGAUUAAAUUCAACGUGGAUCUGCGAGGAUAUUAUAUUGUGCAUUAUGAGUCUGGAGGCUGGGAUUGUUUGAUUAAGCAGCUCCGAAUGAACCACACUGUGUUCAGCAGCAACGACAGAGCCAGUCUCAUACAUGACAUCUUCCAGCUGGUCAGCGUUGAGAAGGUCCCUCUGGAUAAAGCUCUGAAUCUGAGUUUGUAUCUCAGUAAAGAGUCAGAGAUCAUGCCGGUGACGCAGGGCUUCAGUGAACUGGUGCCGCUUUACAAACUCAUGGAGAAGAGAAACAUGCAGGAACUGGAGAACCAGCUCAAGGGUCAUCUAGUGAAGUUAUUCCAGCCGCUGAUUGACCGGCAGAGCUGGUCUGAUGACGGGUCUGUGUCCGAGCUUCCUACCGACGUCAGUUUGGUGGUCUACACUGAAGGGGCGCGAACAGACGAAGGCUGGGACUUUUUGUUAGAGAAAUACAAGCGAUCCGUCUCUCCAUCAGAGAAGUGGAUGAUUAAAGCCGCCCUCUCGUACAGUCCGUUAGCUCACAAGCUUCAGUGGCUUUUGGAAAGAAGCAGUGAAGGAGAGAUCAUGAAAACUCAAGACCUGCCGUCGAUGCUAAUCAGCGUCAGUAAAAACCCCAAAGGUUUCAAACUGGCCUGGGACUUCCUGAAAAGCAACUGGGGGAAACUUGUGAAAAAGUUUGAUCUGGGCUCGUCAGCAAUAUCUCGUGUGGUCGUCGGAGUCACCGAUCAAUACUCCACCAAAGAAAUGCUUGAUGAGGUGGAGUUGUUCUUUGGGUCUCUGGCGCAGGAUCAGGGCUCCGGGCUUCGCAGUAUUCAGCAGGCUCUGGAGAAAAUCCAGCAGAACAUCCUCUGGAUGGACAGGAACAUCCCACUGCUCAAAGCCUGGCUGGACCAUCACAGUCCAUGAUGCUCCAGAAAGUGUGUUCA